AUGAUCAACACGAUGGAGUGUGCAGAGGAUGCACAAAGUCUAAUCUCCAUUUCCUUACGGAAGAUCCACAACUCCAGGACGCAGAGAGGAGGCAUCAAGCUGCACAAAAAUCUCCUGGUGUCCUAUGUGUUGCGGAACGCCAGGCAGGUCUACAUGAACGAGAAGUACGCGGAGAUUUACAGGAUGCAGCAGUACGAAGAGGUGAUGACCGUCUGCAACGAGAUCCAGGAGUUAAACCCACUGGAUUUGGCCGAGGACUGUGAGGAGCAGAGUGGGGACUGCUGCGGCAACGGCGGGGUGAGCGAGCCGGCGAGUCUGUGCUGCGCGCUGCUGCCAGUGAGCCACCUAGCAGCAGUGCAUUCAGCGCAUAUGCAAACCCCCUCCGCCUGUUCCGCGCCUCUCUCUCGCCAAAGCGACGAGGUCUGCAAGGAGACAGAGCCCUCGUUCUACCAGAGCUGUUGUGCCGAGGAUUACCCUGUAUCGAAUUGCGACUUUUCCCCGGUGAACAACAAUUUACACUGCAACAAAACGACGGUGCUCGAUUUGGACACGCACGUAGUGACUACUGUGGAGAAUGGGUACCUUCACCAGGACUGCUGCGCGUCUCUCCAACAGUGCUGCCAGGGCGCACCGUACCCAGCCAAGAAACGCAAGGUUGACUUUGAAUAUUAUAUAUCUGAUAUUGAGGAGGUACCGGAUUUUACGCCUUGUAAAAUAGCGAAAUUCGAGGACUGUUCCUAUGCAAAUUCGGAACACUUGGACACUUCGAACAUUUCCAAUCUGAUCUCGAUCUUCGGUUCGGGGUUUUCGGGGCUGGUGAGCAGACAGGCGGACUUUGAGCAAGCCUUAGCCUUGAACGGACAGUUCUGUAGCAAACAAGCCCAAGCGAGUCUCGGGGCAUGGACUAGAGCUAUAGUUGCUUUUUGA